AUGGUUGGAUUUCAUCUCAGAAAACGAGCUAUUUAUUUCGUUCAAAACAACAUAUUUGACACCAUCAAAUCUCAAAUUAACUUAUGUUAUAAGGAUUCCGACAUAUUUGUGAUCCAUUAGGUCUCAAAAAUGUAUUCAGAACAUGAUGACCGUGCCGGAGGGUCUGAUCGUGGACGUGGAAGAGGAGGACGGAGCAGGGGUAGAGGGGGUGGUGCAUAUUCGAGGGCAAGAGGGAAUUUCAAAUUCCCAAGAGGUUCAUACAGAGGCGGAGGAAAUAAAAACUUCAAUCCUCGCUCAAGAGUUGACGAUGAUGAUGAUGUCAGCAUGGGAGACUCUGGAAGAGGAGGGUACAAUAGAAGGGGGCGGACUGAGAGACAACCGUACCGGCCACCAGGUGCUAGGAGGGGUGGUGAUAGCAGGGAUUAUCACAGCAGGGGACGUGGACGAGACAAUCGCAAUGAUAGAGGAGGUUAUUCUAAUUAUAAAGGAGACCCUGCUACACAAUGGUGGAAAAUAAUGAUUCCUCAUGGGCAGAAAGUGGACCAGGACUUCCUACUUGAAAGCAUCAAAGACAUCUGUGACUUGCCUGUCGAUCCUGUCAAUUUCCACUAUGAUGAUCGAGGUCAGGCUGUCUUCUACGUCCAAGGGAAACCUCUGGCUGAUUCCUUGAGGGCCAUCAGUCGCAGGAUUACACAGCCGAAUGGUUACAAGGUCAUCAUCAACACAGCACCUGGGAGUCCUCCACCAGUGGAGUUAGACGGUGAAAAGAUAGAAAAACUCAAGGUUGGCAUGAGUAAUCGAUACAAACCGGAAAGGUUGACGUUGGACCUUUCAAACUUUGCAAGUGAUGCCGACCUGAGAAAGGAAGGGCUGUACUUCCCGAUCAAUCGCGAGAAUGUGAUGUCAACCGUCAUCAGUAUCAUAGAGGACCAUAUCCCAGAGGUCGAAACAUUAAUUAUGUCAAACAACGGGAUCAUGAAGUUAGAGACGCUGGGUAAACUAGUUGGGAAAGCACCGAAUUUGAAGUCCAUUGACCUGUCUGAAAAUCAGAUUCGGUUUGAAAACGAGCUAGACAAGAUCCAGGGAUUCCAGUUGGAGGCCCUCAAUUUGGAUGGCAACCCCGUGUGCAAAAACUUCCAAGAGAGGGCACCGUAUCUUAGGGCAAUAAGAAAAAGAUUUCCAAACAUACAGCGAUUGGAUGGUAGCACACUCACUCCACAAAUUGGUUUCGAGGUAUUGGAGUCGGGGAAUGAAAUACCAGUAUCACAGGGUAGUUUCUUCGUAGACGAAUCUGCAAAGGAGAUUGUACUGAGAUUCCUUGAGCAGUAUUUUCGAAUAUACGAUUCUGGCGAUCGGCAACCACUUCUAGAGGCCUACCACGACCAGGCUUGCUUUUCAUUGGUUGCUGGUAUGAACAAGCUUGUCGACCGAAGACAUCGGCAGCCAGAUUUACGGGAGUACAUUCAGGAGAGUCGUAAUCUCAAGAUUAUCUCUGGACAGUAUAAAAGAUGGAAAAGUCUGCGUACUGGCAAAAUGAGUGUGGUGUCCUUUUUGUGCGAGUUGCCGAAAACUCAACACGAUGCUUCAAGCAUGACUGUCGACGUUACAGUGUCAACGCCUGCUAUGAUAAUCUUCAUGGUCACAGGUCUUUACAAAGAGUCAUCAAGUAAAUCAGAUAAGCCACCAGUGCGAUUCUUCAGUAGGACAUUUGUCACAGAGCAGGUUGGAAAUGGUUUGGUUAUCACCAAUGAGCAGUUGAACAUUACGAAUCCUAGUCAAGAUGUGGCGAAGUCAUUCUCAAACACGCCGAUCCCUGGAUCAUCGGUCACCCCAACACCAACGCCGAGUCCUUCGACAAGUACUCCUACUCCGUCUGUGGUGGCGCCACAAGUCACGCCAGAUGUACAGAAGGAAAUGAUCAAGCAGUUUUCCCUGCAGUCGGGAAUGAAUGAGGAUUUCUCCUUGAAGUGUUUGAUUGAAAAUGAUUGGAAUUAUGAAAAAUCGGCUGUCGUUUUUACAGAACUGAAGGCAAAAGGCAUGAUACCUCCAGAAGCAUAUCGAAAGUGAACAAGUGAUGGUGGGAAUUCUAAAGGCAGCGUGUGCUAUGAUCACGAUUACGGGAAACUAGUGUGUGAAUUGAACUGUACGACAAACAUGGAAGAGGCAGUGACAAGAAACUAGCCCAUGGAUUGAACUGUAUAACACAAAUAGAAGAGGCAGUGACGGGAAACUAGCCCAUGGAUUGAACUGUAUAACAUAAAUAGAAGAGGCAGUGACAGGAAACUAGCCCAUGGAUUGAACUGUAUAACACGAAUGGAAGAGGCAGUGACAGGAAACUAGCACAUGGAUUGAACUGUAUAACACAAAUGGAAGAGGCAGUGACAGGAAACUAGUCCAUGGAUUGAACUAAACCCACAUAAAAUUGGUGAUACUGUGCGAUUGACUUGGCCAGUUGCUCUCGUAAAAAAAAAGGAGCCUAAAACCUGGAGUCAAUGGACAUUCACUGAAUGGUCAGCACUGUGUAGCAUUUAGUCGGUGGAGGCUUUAUCUUCCCUGUUAAACUUAAAGGGACACUAUAGGCGGCUGCUAGGUAGGCAAGAUAAAGUUAGACAAUGUCACCAAUAGGGGUCUCUCCCAUCUCACAGUACGUCAAAACUAUUCACACUUGUACAAUGAAUAUAUUUAGUGCUGAAUCUAACAUGACCCAGUGCCGUUACUGUGGAUAUUAGUCGCCCGAAGAUGGCCAAUUUAACCCCACUGCUCCUGCCUAUAGUCCCCCUUUAAACAAACCAUUCAUUUGAUGGUGUGUAUUCAAUAUUUGUUAGAUUAUAAAAUAUAAUGAUGGUUGAAGAUUUACUUGUGUUGAGCUGGUGUAUGGGUCUUGAGGCGAUCUGCAUAAUGCCUUGAUUAAUUAUGUCAUUCAAAAUGUAAAAAAUUAAAAACUAUGUUGUGUGUUUGGUAUGUAUAAAGUGCUAUGAGUAAUAUUUUUGGUUUUUAGGGAUGAAAUAUGAAAUUGCCAUAACAUAAGGCCUUCUUAACAGGGUCUUUCUUUGCUUUUGUACACCUAUAUCUGUUUACUGGCACUACAGAUACAGUUUUUGUCAGACCACUAAUUGAUCAUUGAAAAGAGAUUGAGAAGAACUCCCUAUUUGUUUGAGAAACUUAACUGUAUUGACGUCGUAUAAGUUUGUCUUCUUGAUUUUGAACAAGUUUGGACUAUUUCUUGCUGUGGUUUCUAGCAGGACCAAUGAAAUAAAUCUUGUCUACGGCUAAAGGCAUAUCGGUUUUCUACGGCAAAACAGGAAAUAUCAUGAAACCGCUGUGGUACUAAUUGACAGGAAUCUUGUCAAUUUUUCUUCUUUUGGUCACUCUCCUUUUUCAAGGCUUUAGAAUUAGUUCAACUACGUGUUUUCUCCUUCAGUAAAUCUCAUUUACAAAAGUAAAGUGUUAGAACUAAAACACUAGCAUUACUGCUAAUGCUAGCAUUACUGCUCAUGCUAGCGUUACUGCUAAUGCUAGCGUUACUGCUAAUGCUAGCAUUACUGCUAAUGCUAGCAUUACUGCUCAUGCUAGCGUUACUGCUAAUGCUAGCGUUACUGCUAAUGCUAGCGUUACUGCUAAUGCUAGCGUUACUGCUAAUGCUAGCGUUACUGCUAAUGCUAGCGUUACUGCUAACGCUGAUUGAGUGACAAGAUAAACAAACACAAUUUCUAAUUUGCAACAAUCUUCAAAUCUAUGUGUGCAUUGGAUGUUGCUGUUAUUGUAAAUAUUGUUUUUUUAGUCGCGAGGGACGACCCCGAUCGUGUUUUAUAGCUUGUACAUGCAUAGUAAGAUUGAUGAACUUGUACCCGUUUGAAAUUCAAAUAUUUCAAUAUUUUAUUUAUUUAGUUUAAUUGUCAGGUUCAGGUCAGCAGACAAAUUGAGGGGUCUGAGAUUAAGAAAAGAGGAAUUUAUUGCUUUUGUCAUGUUUUUAUGUUAGAAUUACUUCCGUCAUGAACAAAAGUGCAGUGACAAAGUUAUAGAGGGCACCACGGGGAUGCCUCCAGAAGCUUAAAGGGGCAAUGGAGGCAGCAGCUGGGCAGGCAAGAUAAAGUUACACAAAGUUGCCAAUAGGGGUCUCUCACAGUAUGUCGAAAUGAUUCACGCUUGUACGAGGAAUAUAUUUAGUGCUGAGUCUGACAUGACCAAGGGCCCUUUAUAUACUGUGUAUACUAGUCAUUUGAAGAUGGCCAAAUUAGCCCCUCUCCUCCUGCCUGUAGUCCCCCUUUAAAGAGUAAUCAGAUUAUUACUGCACUGCUUUUCCCUUCUGUGGUCAGAACGACCCAGAAACUCAUUUUUCGCUGACUUCGCGUCGCACACUACAUCUUGGGUCAUAUUUUUGGGCUGAGUCUUCCUGCUAAAAACAGCACAAAAAAAUGUCACUCUGAGUUCUGGCCAUUUUGCACAGAAAAUGAAAUAUUUCAACAUAAUGUUAUAUUUCAUCCGAAACUUAAGUACAAAGUUCUAAAAGUGCUUUGACAAAAUCGGACAAAACAUGACCAAGGUUUGAGCCACUAGUUUUUCCGGCCAUUUUAAUUGAUUAAUUUUUUAAUUUUUCAUGAAAUGGAGCAGGAAUUACUCAGUUUUGGACAGGGACCUUUGUGACUCGCUCUACCAAAACUAGGCGCUUGUCGCAUCUGAACUCGACAGGUUGAUACGGACUUGUUGUUCAUUUCCCUAUUGUAGACCUUUUGUGAAAUCUAUUACAAACUGAUUUGGUCACAUUUCACAAAAGGUCUACAAUAGGGAAAUGAACAACAAGUCCGUAUCAACCUGUCAAGUUCAGAUGCGACAAGCGCCUAGUUUUGGUAGAGCGGGUCACAUUUGGUACCUUCCAGCAUAAGACACUUGACCACAUUGUUUUUGCAUUCUAUACAGCCUGUUUGCUAUUUGCCAGUGAUCUUUCUUGUAAAAGAAAGUAUUGCAUUGCCAAGUGUUCAAGGAUUGAGCAAAUUCACUGCAAACCCCUUUAUCUUCAUAAGCCAAUUUAGGGGUUGGGAUUGAAAUUUCAUUUUCCUGCCAUUUUGUUAUCAUUUUGUUGUGGCAACUUCAUAAAAGUGGUCUCACACUCAAUAGGACUUAGAAGUUAAGGGGGUUUACACUAAAACGUUAUUCAUGUUAUUUGACAGAGCAGACUAUAAUGUUUUAGAUUCGCAAGUGAAUAAACUAAUUAUAUAUUUUGUAAA